UGACAUUAAUUAAAAAUAAAAUGACAAGAAAAAUUUAGUUUUUUAAAAAAUCCUCUAAAAAUUCCAGUUUAUAAGCUCUUCAAAAUUCCUAGUAGAAAUAAUGGUUUUCGUGUGUCCGACAAAAGAAGCAGCCGAAGCCAUAACAAAAAUGUCAUCCCAGGUACAACACGCUCUUCAACAUCUAGACGAUAAACUCAAGGUACCAGUCAAGCCCUGUUGCAUACCGUGUUGUGUACCAAUGUGCGAUUAUCCAGAAUCUGAAUCGCACCAUAAAGAACUCGAACCACCCAAAAUAAUGGUUUGCUACAAAGAACACGUUUCAAAAAAGCACAAGAGCAACCACAAAAUUAAAAAACAAUCAAGUCCCUCUAUUAGACUUAAAGAAUCAAAAUCCAGAGAGUUAAGAGCCAGUAUUUUAUACACUGGCUGCCAGUGCGAAAAACACGACGGACUGCAAGACGAUUGUCCUAGGACUGGAUGUCACGGGUCUCCGGAAUGUAUGACCAGUCCGCCGACUUGCGGUCCCAGCGAAUUUUGCGACGGUAAACAUUUGGGCAAGAAAAUCAAAGGGAAAAAUGGUAAAGGACAUGGUGGUAAAAACAAUGAACAUGAAGAAGAUCACCAUCGCGAUAGAUAUAAAUGUUUCGCUGCCACGCUUGACACACCGAUUAUGAUCCCUUGUCCUCCGUGUCCUUGUCCUCCUUGUUUGUAAUUUUCGUAUUAUUUUGUUUUUUGGUAAUAAAUAUGCUUCUUAAGUA